AUCUUUCAAUUAGCAUUAUAGGACAAAACAAGGCGAUACUAGAAUCAAUUAAAUAGUUUUCAAUAGACGCCGCAGCGACAGUGGCGCCGACAUUUUCCAUAUAUCAGGGUUUGUUUUCACGAAUACUUCAUUCCACCGUAAAUCGUCCUCGCGUGAACACCUGAUCCUGAUCGGUCCGCGCACGUGACAAACAAGUGAAAGCCGGCUUUUCCACUGUUUGUCCUUCAAGAAAUAAUCAAUAAAAUUCAUUUUUCACCGUGUUUUACUCUGAAACGAGCCGAUUAUUUGUGAAUAUCAACGCGGAGACAGUGCAACGGGAAGCGCUUAAAAGAUAUCGAUCCGCGUGCAAUUUUCCGCGAUCAGCGCCAGCUUUUCGUCGCAGCGCAACCAAUAUUCCUACAAAAACGUUAAAACCCAAGAGUCAUCGUCACCGCCGAAGAGAUGGCGUUCAUGAUGCCCGUCAUGAAGAACGACUGGGACAUAUACAACUCGCAGCGGUCGCGGAAGGCGUCGGAGAACGUGGAGAAGGCGCCCGGUGGACGCGUGCGGAAGGUGUCGGAAUCGCGGUCGGAGGGUCCGACGCUGUCGACGCGCUCGUCGGCCGCGCUGAGCCCGCACCGCUCGGCGCCGGCCAUGCGCUCGCUGUCCUACUGCCGCGCGCCGCCGUCGCGCGUCUCGCUGCGCCACGCCGACAGCCCCAAGGGCUCGGCUAGCCCGCCGUCGCCGAGGGCCCGCGAGGACAAGUUCCACAGCAGGGCGCGCGCCGAGUCUCCGCCGCGGGCCUCGCGCUGCGGGGCCUGCGUGCCCUACCUGUGACGGGGCCCAAGGCCGGCCCGGCCCCGAGCCUCGCGCGCGCCGACACACUAUCUGUGAUAUGUACGAACCGGAGGACUCUCGAGUUGAGUAAUGUUUGAAUGUGCUACUAAUAUGUAAUAAAUAACCGCCUGCUGGUUCUCGAGACGCUGAAGAACCUAUUCGACUUAAAUAUUUCUGUUUCAUCAACAUGACGCAAUAGUGUACCUUCUUUGCUUUCCUUCAAAAAUUCUGCCGAUGUUUAUUUUUAU